AACGGCUGCGAGGAUUCUGGGGUCUGCAAUAGAAGAUACGUUCCGGAAACGGAACUGCCAGUUAGAUUGCAAAUUCCUGAAAAACGGGACGUUUUUGCAUCUCCUCCCGGCUUUUCCAUCUCUAAAUCAACCUCUGUUGACUUAAACUACCAAAUAAGUGUGUGGCGGUGGGGGAGGAGGUUUUCCCAGCUUAGCUGGAGCGGGGCAAAUUGUCGAGAGUGGCCGGUGGCCGACUUCGCGGUCUCCUUGGCGUAGCUCAGCAGAACGGUAACCCAGCCCAGCUCUGAGAGCGAAAUGAUGGCACUCUUCUAAAAUGUACGGCCGCGAGCUUCGCUCUAGAGCGCGGAGGGGUCAAAAGGGCUGCGGGCGAAGGCGACUGCGUGGAAAUGCGGCCGCUGUUAAGCUCGGGCACCUGGCGCGCGGUGCUUGCUCGGGCCUGGAGACUUAGGCCUUCGGCGGAUUACCUGGAGGUCAUGGACCCACGGGGUUACACGCGGAAUCCCCCAGUUGGAGCGUGCGAGCUGCAGGGCGAACUGGACAGAUUCGGGGGCAUCUCGGUGCGCCUGGCGCGGCUCGACGCGCUGGACCGCCUGGACGCCGCCGCCUUCAAGAAGGGCUUGCAGGUUGCAGUACAACAAUGGCAAUCAGAAGGUAGAACAGCUGUAUGGCUGCACAUUCCCAUCCUCCAAAGCCGAUUUAUUGCCCCUGCUGCUUCCUUGGGCUUCCGUUUUCACCAUGCAGAAUUGGAUUCAUCAACGUUGACUCUGUGGCUGGGAGAAGGGCCCAGCAGAUUACCAGGAUACGCUUCACAUCAAGUAGGAGUUGCAGGAGCUGUAUUUGAUGAAAGUACUAGAAAAAUACUGGUUGUACAAGAUCGAAAUAAAUUGAAAAAUAUGUGGAAAUUUCCAGGAGGCCUGUCAGAACCUGGAGAAGAUAUUGGAGACACAGCAGUUAGAGAAGUUUUUGAAGAGACUGGUAUAAAAUCAGAAUUCAGGUCCCUCCUGAGUAUUCGGCAACAGCACACAAAUCCUGGAGCUUUUGGGAAGUCAGAUAUGUAUAUCAUCUGCCGCCUAAAGCCAUACUCAUUCACUAUAAAUUUUUGCCAGCAUGAAUGCUUAAGAUGUGAGUGGAUGGAUCUCAAUGACCUGGCCAAGACUGAAAAUACAACUCCUAUCACCAGCAGAGUUGCUAGGCUGCUGCUAUAUGGGUACAGAGAAGGGUUUGACAAAAUUGACCUGACUGUGGAAGAACUUCCAGCAGUUUACACAGGCCUGUUUUAUAAACUCUAUCACAAGGAACUGCCAGAGAAUUAUAAAACUAUGACAGGAAUUGAUUAAAUUCACAUUUGUAUGUUUAGAAACAUGUAGACUAACAAAUGACAGAAAUAGUGGACGUUUGGGAUUAAAUAUCUGACUGUAAUUUUCUAAUAGACAUGAUUUUCAUGAAGAAAUUUUGUUUCUAAAUGUACACAUUUUUAAAUCCUCUUUUCAAAUAAAGCAAAUGCAUGAAAAAGA